AGAAGUUGUAAUGUUGUGAUUCAUGAAAAUGACAAAGACUCAAUGAAUUUUUUCUUAUGUGAUAGUUAAUUCAUCCAAUAAAAAUGAGCAGGAACGACGGAAAAGGUGGCCUUCUUACAGCAUUCAAAAGAGGGGACAUUGAACAAGUUUUGAAACUUUCUGGAGACAUCCCAGAUUCUGCCAAGGUCAACAUCCCACACAUAGUUGUACAGUACAAAGUAUUCAAUGGUAAUGCAACUCCACUUACAUUGGCAAUCCAAAGCGGAAACUACCAUCUCUGUCGUCUGCUAGUUGAGGACGGACACUCACUUAAUGGAGAAUCUGAAAAGUAUUUCCGCCUGCAUCCACUCAGUUUGGCUUUGCACUUUAAACAUUCAGACAUUGCAGAACUUCUUAUAGAGUUUGGAGCAAAUGUCAACUUGCUUAACAAGGACAAAAACACUUAUCCUCUCUUUUGGGUGAUUCAUACGAAGCUACCUCCUCAUAUGAUCGAUGUAAUCAUAGCUGCAGGGUUUCCUGUGAAUGCUCUAGUCAUGAAGAAGGAAAGAAUGACUGCAAUACAAUGUGCAGUAUUAGAGAACAACCUUGAAGCUAUUAAAACUUUGAUCAAGUAUCCAUUGGAUUUCAACCAUUCAAACGCUUCUCGUGAAACCGCACUGGGUAUUGCUAUCAGAAGUAACUUCGUCGAGAUUGUCAAGCUCCUGGUGGACAAGGGUGCGAGUCUGAACAGUAGGAAUUCUGCGCUUUGUCCAUUGUUCCUCGCAAUCAGGUUUGAACACAUCAAGAUGGUGGAGCUUCUGCUUGAUUUAGGAGCGAAUUUGCAAGAAGGAUGGGUCGAAGAAGAAAUUGUUCCACCCUUACAAUUUGCUAUAAACUAUUUAAACGUCGAUAUAGUAAUGCUCCUAAUAGCAAGAGGUGCAAACGUCAACGAUAGAAAUUGUCGCUCCGGGGAGACAGCCUUGCAUGUCACUGCAUCUUACAUCGGACUCAAAUACCAAGGGGAGACAUUAAAAGCUGUACAAUUGAAAAUCGCAAAAGCAUUAAUAGGCAGAGGAGCUGAUGUCAAUGUCAAGGACAUCAUAGGUAGAACUCCUUUGGACGGUGCCAUAUGCGGGGAAAAUACUGAACUCUGUAAACUACUGUUACGGGAGGGAGCAGAAGUACAUGGAGAUGGAUGGAUCAAUGUCACCGGGAGUGGCAACAGAUUUGAGUACAUCUGCUGUGUUAAAGCAUUCCAGUGUGCUGAGUUGAUAAGUAUGUGUUUAGAUCGAGGAGGAGACUACAACUACAGAGAUCACCACGGACUAUCUCCGUAUCACUGUGCCAUGGCCAAACACAAUCCUGACAUGGUGAGGGCGUUCUGGCGACACGGAUGUCCAUACGACCUACCGGAGCUGAAACCAGGCAAGAUGAAAGAGAUGCUAUGGUACAACCCCGACCCGAGAGAUAAAAAACUCCUCUCAGUCCAGGCUGACUUCAUGGAUGGAAUAAAAAACAAUAGAUUAGAUUCCGUAGUAAACGCUAUUCAGAUGGGUGCAGAGCCUAAAGGCAGCAGUGUAAAAAUACCAUCUACUUUACAUUAUGUCGCAGCCAGUGGUAGUCAUAGCAUUGCUAAAACUCUUUUAGAACACGGGUUGGCGGUGAACAAAAUCAACGUAAUAGGACAAACACCUCUUUAUGUAGCCGUUGAAAAGAAAAACUUGCAAAUGUGUAAGGUGCUUUUACAAAACGGAGCUUGUUUCGAUUACCGAUGUAAAAAACUGCCCAAAAAUCGAACAGUAAAAAUCCUUGUAAAAGAGAGUGAUCAACUUAGUCAGUUGUUUAGUCUGAUUUAUAAAUGUUUCAAGCUAGCCAAGAAGGGAGAUUUUAAAGUGUUAAAAGUACUUAACAAGUUAAAGAAGUCGGAUGAGCAGGAAAUGUUGCAAGUUUUGAUGAACUGUGAGAACCAGAGAGGAUUUACUCUACUGAAUGUAACAUUGGCACUGGGACAUGUAGCCUUGGCUGGUGAGCUGAUGCAGUUUCGAUUGAACAACAAAGCACACAAACCCUCAGAGGUGUAGUUAAGAAACAAACAUUGCAAUAAUAUAUUUGUGGUCACUGUGCAAUAUGCAAAACGCAGAUGUAUAGUCUCUAGCAAUUUGUUAUUGAAACAUAAUUGAACUAUAAACACUUACUAAACAGAAUUAUGCAAUAUAGGCCUAUAGAAAUAUUUUAUGUAAUGACUAAUUCAAUGUAUGAAUGGAUUGUAAAGUUGAAUAUUCUUAUGAAAUUACAAGACAAAUGCAAUUUCACUGUAAGCUUAACGUGGCCCAUUAUAGCACAGGUAAACAUUAGUGAUAUAUCUGGUGGGAGAAGAAGCCUAUGUUAAUUUGUUUUAAUGCUCUAAUUUUGUAAUGAAAUACCAAAUUAAAUUACAUGUUUUAGGAUAAUCUUUCUGUUAUGUUUUGUGAAGUUUGUGUAUCCAUCUAUUAGUUUCUGGGACUCUGACUAAUUUUCUCUGCAGGCUAACUGAACUAUAUCCCAUUUUUAAAUAAGUUUUACAUUAGUAUAAUACUCUUUUAAUCUGCAGAUUAGAAAUAAAAAAAGGUCAAUCAAUAAAAAAUAAUGUAAGCAAUCUUUAACUGUAAACAC